ACGGUACAAGUAGAUUCAGCAUCGCGCUUGACAGACUUGACCUCAGUCAACACAAGUUUAGAAAUUAUAUUUAAAUGAAAGUAACUAGAAAGUGAAAGUGCAGCAGGCGGCUCUGCCCGCCCCCCAACCUCUGGAUAUUGAGCUGCUGUUUUACGGUCUGCAGAGAGUAGAUUGACAGAGUACAGUGACAGAGCUAGCGAUAUUGUAUUUCCAUCCUGCAGGAAGUACAGUCUUUAGAUGCUAUGUAGCUGAAACAGUUUCCGGAAUCCGUCUUAGCAUGUUAAGAACAGGAAGAAGUACGAAAGCUGCGUCGGAGCACAGAAACUUCCUGAUCCAGCUGGUUGAAAGGAGUUUCGUAAAGCACCAGUCAAGCUGACAUGUCAUGACAGCUCCUGCUCAUCCAUGAAGCGCUGUCAUUGUGGUUUGCAGAAUCUGUACUUUAUGGUUCACUUGAAGUCAGCAAGUUGACCGUGACACUCCGCUUUUGCUUUAUAUUGUUUUUGAUCAUCCCGAUGGCUGAUGCAGAGCCCCGUGGAUUCCCCCCUGAGCUAGGCUUCGAUUCCCCCUGGUCUUUCCUGUCCUGGAUCGCCUCCUUUCUGAUGGUCUUUGGGGGCGCGUUUCCAUACUUCCCGCAAUAUCGCGACAUCCAAAAGAGUGGCAACGCCGAGGGCUUCUCCACUCAGGUGUGCUUGGUGAUGCUAGUGGCGAGCAUCCUGCGCCUUUUCUUUUGGUUUGGGAAACAUUUUGAACUUACCCUCCUAUGGCAGAGCAUUGUCAUGAUAAUCACCAUGCUGGCCUUGCUGCACUUGUGCUGUACUGUUCAGAGAUCUUCCAGAAUGAGCACCAGUAGACACUUUUUUACAGACUUUGAUCCAAGAUAUUUUUGGGCCUGGAGCCGCUUUCUUGAUUACGUCCAGUUUUGUUUAACCUUCACUGUGAUGUGCUUCUUUGUUACAUACCUCUUUAUUGACUCUCAACUCUAUGUGGAAACCCUUGGCUUCUCAGCUGUCCUCAUUGAAGCCAUGUUGGGAUUACCUCAGCUUUUCCAGAACUUCAAGAACAAGUCAACAGCAGGAAUGAGUGUGAAGAUGGUGCUGUUGUGGACCCUGGGCGAUAUCUUUAAGACGACAUACUUCAUUGCUAAUGCAACUCCAGUACAAUUCUGGGUUUGUGGGACUGUUCAGAUUUGCAUUGACAUUGCAAUUUUCUUUCAGGUUUUCACCUAUGGACAAGAGGAGCGUGAAAAAUACACCUAACAAGAUUGCAUAGCGUCAGAGAAUGGCUGCCUGGGCAGCACAGUGAGGCUAGAUUUUUUUCUUCCCGUUUCUAUGGAAGAAUAUCCUGUGCUGUGACAUCAUUCAUCUAAAGUGCCUUAACCAAAGAAAGCAUUUCUUUCCUGCAGGAUGCAUUCUGCUUUUGUCUAAAAUAUCUAAAUUAAGAACUAAACCGUACCUCCAACAUGCAGUGGGAAGAGGUAGCUUUAAGUAUCUUUUAUGAUUUAGCUAUCAGCAAGAAGAGGCGAACAAGGACAGCAGCAGCAAGAACAGAGAACUACGCACCUUUGUUAAAAGCAUACAUUAAGGUCUGACAAGAUGACUAUUGCUGGAAUAUGAGAAUGGUUCUAAACAUCUCCUCAAGCCUUAAUAUAAAAUUAAUUUUGUAUUAUAAUCUAAACUUUCCACAUACAGGUCGGUGACAGGAAUUUUACUCCCUGCGAAUGCGUUACCUGUCAUUUUCCACUGGGCAUAGGUAUCAGUUCAGUUCUACACUGUCAGCACACGUUUGGAAAAUUACUCCCUUUUUAAUCCUUUAGGUUUUAAACAGUUGCCCAAAAGUAUUAAAUAUAGUUGAUACUGGCUUUAUAGCCUUUAUAGUGUUGUGUCUGACAUAUUGAAUGACAAUAUUUAAAAACCAGACUAUACAGAGGAGACUUUCAUUUAAAAUGAUUGGAAAUCCUGGAAAAAUGCUGCAGAUUUGGACCCUGAAUCAUUGAGAACUUAUUUUUCAAUGAGAUCUAUUAAAGGAUCAAUUCCAGCAUUUUAUUACAUGAUAUUGUCCAUUGCAAACACUGGAAAUUGCUUUUUUGUUGUUCCUUCUACUGUUUUACACUAUUUCUACUUUCUGUGCUUUGUGUUUCACUUUGUUUUUUUUUAAAAAGAAAACAAUGCAACAAUUAGGUGGCUUUACUCUUGGCCUGUUCCCUGAGCAUUAUAUUUUUUAGUGAUUAGUUAUUUGGUCAUUUCUAAACCAAACGUAUCAAGUACACGCAAAAUUUAAUUUGCUGUAACAUAAAUGCUCAGUGCGCUGAACGAAUCCUGUGGGUGGAUAAUCGGAGGAAAAGUGACCUUGAAUAAUGAAUGUGAUAAGGAUAUGCUUUAUUGUUGAAAAUAGUGCAGAGUCUAGAAUAUUUACAUAUUAUUGCUGGAAAAGUGUUUUAAACGUUAUUUCCUGCUUAGUAGGAUAUUUUUAACUAUCUUAAAAGAAAAUUAAGUUUUCCCUUGCUAAAAUGUUAUUUAAAGUAAAGUUAAGUAAGUCAGUUCUUAAAAAGUAUGCAAUGCACCUUUUGUUUAGAUAAGCAGCUAACAGUCCAAUGUAAAUGCACUCAUUGUCCCACAUAAAAAAAUCGUCUGUACGUUGUACUUGCAGUGAUGCUACGCUGGUUAGACCUCCAACUUGUUUUUAAUGUUGCAACAUUACCUGUCCUCCUGAAGAAGGGUUUAAGGAAAUAUUUUACUUUCUCACACACAAUUGAUCUUCACCAUCCACCACCAACGGGCAGCAAGGGGGUCAAAGCGACGGCGUUGCCUGCCCACAUUUGCCAGUGUGAGACCCGGGUCAUUGGAAGCCCUGGCUUGAUUUAAAUGCUGUUGGUGAGCUGCAGCUCGUGAGAUACAGGAGGGCAGGAGAUUGACCGGCUCCUAAGUUGAGCUGGCAGGUCAGGUCAAUUUUGGUAGGGCAAGGUGGGUUUGUGAUUCCGAGGUGGGGAUCAAAUGGAGCAGGAAGGUAGCUGGCUGCGGUCUCUUUUUUCUGGAUGCCAAAAGGAAUACCCCUGCUCCUCCUGCCCCAGGAGAAUAAAAUGGAAGUUUCUUGGGCUGUUUCAUAGGUCUCCUAAGGGCCGUUGAUUGUUCUGCACAACACCCUGUACAAAUGGUUGCAGUGUGGACCUCAAAAUUGCAAGUCAGUCUUACAGCCAGCAUAGAGCACCAAGUUGUGUACUUAUUCUGCUGCCUGUUUCAGAUGGACAGGAUGCUCGCACAUUCGCAGGCUCAUCUGGAAUUCCCAUCCAGAAGACCUUGUGCAUCCAGCUCCUGCCCCUACACCAUAGAGUGAUUUUCAAUCGUUGACCAUCUCUUUUUCAGGCGAUUAAAGGACCACAAGCAAUUGAAAAUCACCCUCGCUACUUCAUAGCAAGAAUUAGCAAGUCAUUAGCAAGAAUUAUUUCAUUACUUUGCUCCUCACACCCGUUUUAGGUUGUGAGCAAAAAUUGGCAAGGCAGUAAUAAUGAAAUUAAAGUCUAAUAAAACAUACAAUACUGGAAACGCUCUGUCAGUCAGGCAGCAGCUGUGGAGUGAGAAAUACAGUUAACCUUUCAGGUCAAUGACCUUUCAUCAGAACUCAGCUUUCCCAGUAUUAUGUUUUGUAUUACAGGAAAGGCUGUCACUACUUUUAUUUAUCAGUAUAGGCACAUUUCCUUUUGUGUUAACUUUUAACAGAACUGAAUACACUAGGGGCGGAAUUUUACAGCCCCUGUCUUAGUGGGGGCAGGGUCGUAAAAUGUGACGAGCCAUUCAAAGGUCCAUUGACUUUGGCGGGACCAGAAAUUCCACCGGUGGGAGGGGCCAUAAAAUUCCACCCCAUAAGGCCCCAUUACCAAGUCUGCCUCCUUGCAAAUAAUUGGAUAGGCUAAGGUGCAGGUGGAUGCUCCAUCUUUACAAGGAUGAAUGGGAUUUCACAACCAAGGCUGACCAUUUUCCAAGCUGAUCCACCAGACUCUUCCCAGAGCUACUAUGAAAGCCUGGUGAAACAACUGACAAAAUCCAGCACCUUAUAUCCUGAAAUAAAGGAAUUAAUCAUUCAUGGAAAGAAGACAAAAAAUGUUGGGUGGGAUUUUCCUCCCGAUGCCAGCAGACUUUUAACGGCUUUCCAAAUUUUCCCAUCUUGCCCGUGACAAUGCCCACCAGUGUCAGGGCUGGAAAAUCCCACCCAUGGUUUUGGGAGUUCCUCACCCCAACCCAGACCUGGUGCAAACCUGGAUAUCCAUAGCCCAGUUACAUGAGGCAUACCAGCCUUCAAAGGGGCAGAAAUGAACCCCACCAGGGCAACAGGCCCCAAGAGGCAACCUGAACCCCUGAAAGUGAUAGGGUUACAUCGGAUAUGCGGAGGCUAUGGGCUGGCAUUCGCUAAUGAGGCUUGGGAUUCCCAGUCGUCCCCUCUCCCUACCUCCCAGACGAAAGUCAGGCAGUUGAGCUUCCCGCAGCAUGAGACAGGUAGGUGCCAGAGAUACAGCCAUAGUGGUGUAGAUGCUCACUUACUUUGCAGAAAUAAUGUAUCCUCCCACUCACCCCCGCAGCUGUGGCACAGUUGAGCACCGACAGUGAGAUAGCCAAGCAAUUACUAGGAUUGCAACCUGCACAUUUUUGGGCUCUUGGCAUAUGAUUUUCUUUAUUAUUUUGUCUUUGAAUAUUUGCACAAAAGAUUAAGUACAAAUAUAUUUAAGUUACAUGAAUAAAGCAGACUUUACUAGUGCAAUGCAAAAAUUAAUAUCAGAUGGUUUGUGCAUACACAGUUAUAGGGGGUGAGGUUUUUCCUCACCAUUCAGAAAGGUUCGACUUUUUUUAGCCUAUGUUAUUACAGAAUGUACUGCCGCAGUGGUUUUCAGGUUCAGUUUGACUGAGCUCCAGCAGGGCUGGAUGACUUUAUAUUACAUUAUUCAUCAUGUUUUUUUGUACAUGGGUAAUACACUGGCGGUGAAUUUUACCUGAGUUGUCAAUGCCAAUUAUUGUCUUAUACAUUGUAUUUGAAUCAAAUAUAUGCUUCUAUACAAUGAAGAUGUUAUUGAGGUAACUGAAGAAAUGCUGCACGUUCAUGUGCAGUCCGUAGUUUCACAAUAAUCCACCAUAUCUUUUGCCAAAGCAUUUAAUAAUUUGAGGAUGUUGAUUCUCUGAAUUAACAAAGUACCUUUGGAAAUAGCACACUUUCUCCCAUUGUGCAGAGAUAGGUUUUCUAUAAUACCUAUCAGGAUAAGCUGAAACAUUUUAGUUUUAUACAUUUUAAUUUUGGCAUAAAUAAAUGCCCACAGUCACUGCAGGAUUGAUUUUCUUACACAUUCUCAAAUUGUAGUCAGUCACUUCAAAAAAAAAAUCAUAACGCAGAAUGACUAGAUUUGAUAUGUAUUAUGUUCAUUUCAGCUAUUCAUUCAUACAUGCAUAACAGAGCUUUACUUUCAGCAGCUUGGUAAUAUUUAAGAGGCGUUAAUACAGAGCAGGUAUUUUUUGAAGUCAUUUGUGAUACAAUAUACAGUCCAGGGUGAUUGAACAAGCUUGUACUCAACCUAAAUUUUGUUUUAAAUUUUGAUUUUAUAUACAUAUUUAUACUGGAUACCACUCAGUGAAUUUAUGGUAGCAGCUACUCUCAGGUUUUAGAUGAUACUGGCAGAAGAAGCAGAACAAGAGUUUAAGCCAAACCUCUGUAUUUAUGCCAAGAGAAAAAUGCUGCACCACUGAACCUCAACCUCAGCUCUUUGUAUUGAUACAAAGUACUGGUGGUGAAGCUUCACAUGUAAUUUCUACCAGUGAAAUCCUCUCCCAGGCUCCCUCAUUACUUGGAACAUGAGUGGAGAAUUUCAGAUACAGUACUUAGUUAAUUAUCGUUUGCUGAACCAGGAUUGCCAGAACAUGCACUUGGCAUUGAGAAAUCUGGGACUUGUUUGAUGAUGUCCAAUUUUGUUUUGUGUGCUGCCAGCAUCACUGAUGUCAAAUCUGAGAGUAUCUGUUAUGCUUCCAAUUGCCUUUAGUUAGAUUCUGUUCUGGCACUAGUUCUAUACAAGAGAAUCAACUGAAUUGUUCCCUGGGGCCAUGCCUCGUAGUUCACUGAAUGGUGCCCAGUAAUGUGCAGGAGGUGAUUUUGUGAAGAAAGAGUCCCAGUGCCUCACGAGAUGAAUGGACCACAUAAUUGAUCCGACAGUGUUAUAUCUCUUCUUCUGACCCACACUCCUUAUCUGGUGAAGUUCCAUGCCAAGCUGGAAGCUUCUCAAAAACUCCCCUGAUAGUACACACCAACAUUGUAGAUGAAUUUAUGUUGAUCUAUGCAAGGAAUUGCCUUUGUGUCUUUUUUAACCUUCCAGGUCAAAUAUAACGUUUAAGAAUCUACACAUAAAUUAUCCUGUUUACUUUCAAAUAUUGUUUUGUAAGGAAAAAAGAACAAGCAUUCUACAUAUGUAUGUUAUUCUGCUAAAUAGCUUGACAAUGUUGCAUUUUGAUGUCUUGUUUAAUAUUUCAUUGUUGAUAAGGACGAAAAUAUCAUGGUGUUGUAUUAAAAUGCUUAAUGAAAAUGUA